UUCAUCCAGUGCCUGUUUCGCAGAGUGGACGUCGUCUCUUCUUCGUGGUGCGCGAAGUUCGGAGUGAAGUGAAGUUGGAUUCCGCGAAUAUUGUUUUCCUCUUCUUGCUGGUGCUGUGGCCAAAGAUGGUUUUGUGAGGUUUUAUUGGCGAAAGUGAAUAAAGUGAUUGUGCGUGAAACUGAACGGAGCUUCCGUGCAAAUGUCGCAAAAGUAUGGUGACAACUUGCACAAUCUGCUGAGAAACAGUAACAGUUCCGGAGUCCCGGGGGCGGGGGUCAAAAUGGCCAACGAGCUGGCAGUGAUUAACUGGACCAGGGAGAACGUGGCCGAGUGGGCUCGGAAGGAGGGGCUGAAUCGCAAAAUUUUCGAUUUAAUCGUGAAGGAAGAAAUCGACGGAAAAGCUUUGCUCACGUUGAGCGAAAACGACAUCAAAAGUCUGCGGGAAAAUUAUGCUUACGCGUUAACGCUGGGUGACAUAAAACGGUUCUGGUUCUCCGUUCGGCUGGUGCAAAGACAAAAUGUGACCACGCUGGCGUACCUGGGAAUGUUGCCGCUUGGGGGCAAUGGAAGUCACACGAUAGAUUCCGGAGUCCCGGGCCAUCAUCACCAUCAUCCGUUACUAUCCAGCCUGGGCACGAGCUACGCCUCGGCGGACAUCAACUUUAGCGAAAUCGAGCGGAUUUCACCGCCCAUGUCGAUCGAUGGCCGGGCCACCUGCAUCCAGCCGGAAUUCUUCAAAACAAUGAUUAGCUUAGGUUAUGCCUUCCUAGUCACCUGGAUAACGGCGUUCGUGAUGGUGGUGGUGCACGAGCGCGUUCCCGACAUGAAAAAGUACCCUCCCCUGCCGGACAUCUUCCUCGACAACGUUCCGCACAUUCCGUGGGCGUUCCACAUGUGCGAGGUAACCGGAACGUUGCUGUUCUGCAUCUGGGUUUGCGUGCUGAUUGUGCAUAAACACCGAAUGGUUCUGUUGCGUCGGUUCUUUGCCCUGGCCGGCACCGUGUUCCUGCUGCGGUGCGUUACGAUGUUGAUUACGUCGUUGAGCGUCCCAGGGACCCACCUCGAGUGCACCAAAAACGACCACAAAUUCGACGACAGCACGGCCGAAAUUACCGAAAUGAUUUACCUGCGCGUGAGUCGGGCCUACACCAUCUGGAGCGGGCUUGGAAUGUCCAUUCAGGGCGUGAGGACGUGCGGCGACUACAUGUUCAGCGGGCACACGGUGGCAUUGACGCUGCUCAAUUUCUUCAUCACCGAAUACACGCCACGUAAUUUGUACUUUCUGCACACGUUGACAUGGCUUCUCAACAUGUUUGGAAUAUUCUUCAUACUGGCCGCCCACGAGCAUUACUCAAUCGACGUUUUUGUGGCGUUCUACAUUUCGUCACGACUGUUUCUCUAUUAUCACACGCUGGCCAACAAUCAGGCACUGAUGUCGCACGACUCCCGCACCAAGCACUGGUUCCCGAUGUUCUCCUACUUUGAAAGCUCGGUCGACGGCAUCAUCCCGAACGAGUUCGACACCGUUUCCGGCGUGCUGUUCAAGCUGUUUGAGUGCGUGCUGUACGUGAAGGACGUGUGCAUGCUGACGGCACGCCGCUUCUGGAUCGCCCACGGUAACAUCGAGGCGCUGCGGGAAAAGCAAAAGCACUUUAUGGCCAGCAAUUCGCCGCUUUUGUUCGCCAACAACCUCAACCGGAGUAAUGGUGGCGCUGGAACUGGGGGAGGGAGUGGGACGACGGAGCAGCAAAAGGGGACGGCGCAGCCCAAGUGUACCAACAUAGAGGCGGACAUUGACGCGAGCUUGAAGCGAAAGACGUACAGCAAUUCGCCGAAAAUGAAGUCGGUCAACGAGGGUGGUAAAGAUACAGUCGAUGAUGGGGAGGACAAGAAGCAGCUGUAAGAUUAGGAAAGUAGUUGGACACAUGAUGGUAGUUAAUUUAUUCAUUAUUCGUUAACUCUAAGUCUUGUUAGGUGAUUUGAAGACUAGUAAAAGUUUAUUACUAUCCUUGAAAUUGUUGUACACAAGUGUGAUAUUAUUUCGUCGGAAAUAAGUUGCUUUCGAAAUUCAUUUUCAUAACCAAACCGUUAUUCAUGUCUGCUGGCAAUACUGUUAAACAUGAUCUCCAAAGAAUAAAAAGCAAAUCAAACGUACAGUCGAAUGUUUCUUCCACUAAAAUUAUAAAAAAAAACAUUUUUUUCUUUUAUCAAACGUCCUGAUUCUUGGCUAUUGCUCAUUCAACUCAUCAGAAAAAAAGUAGAUUUAAGACAAACUCGAACAAAACAAAACAUAGUAUUAUAUAGCAAUGCAAACUGACACCAGACAGCCAAAUACUACAAAUUUCUCUCUGAGCUGGCACGCUGUUUGAGUAAUUUUGGAUUAAAUAAAAAAACUGUAAAUAUAGUAAAGUUAUGACAUAUUAAAAGUUACUUUUGAGCUCUCGUGCAAAGAUUAUAAAGUCAGUCCAAAAAAAACAAGCACUCGCGUGUGUUCACAAAUCAGUAAAAAGAGGCUUUUGGUUAUUACACAGUAUGUUUCGGGAGUGUUUGCUAAAAUCUUUUAGAAGCAGUUUCAUAAAUUUGUACUAAAACAUACAUGAAUCCUGUUGAACAAUGAUUAACAUAACAAAGUAGUUAAAACAAGCCGACCACCAACAAAUAAUCAAAAUCAACCACAUAACCAGUUUUACUUUGACGCACGAGAAGAUAUAGAACAAGAUCUAGUCCAAUGCAAAUAUUUAUUAGCAAGAAACCACAAACUCUUGGUGCACCAUCGCCGCGCGUUGAUUUAUACCUAGAGCUACUUGCAAGCAAAAAAGCGAAAAAAAUCUUCUUCCCCGCGAUGAAACAUUACACAGAGUUUAAGACUUUUUACAUGCCGACUGAGAAGAAUACUUUUAAAGGAUCGAUCCCCCCCCCUCGUAACUUGUAACUUCCCGCGCUAUAACCAAAACGCAAACCACAACCAGAGAUUGCGUGGAUCACGAAAUGCAGAGUGACCGCCGCCAAGACACGCGCACAUUCGCGCUAGCGAGAUAGUGUUUAAGCAAGAAAGGAUGAAAAAUUGUUGAUUUCUGUUUUCUCUAAUAUUUCUCCCAAUGCAAGGGAGGAGACCUCGUUUGGUGUUUAAUGGAUAAGCUAAAAGACAGAAAUUUGCUGAUCAAAAUAUUGAAUAAAUGUCUUCAAAGGGUAAACAUUAAAUCAAA